AACGGCCGGGGUUUAACCCACCCCAAAUCAGGGUUUAUGCAAAGCAAGGCAGCAAUUACCACUAGUUCCCCUCUUCUCCUCCAAUCCAUCGUCUCCUUGCGCCGGAGCAGUGAGUCAGUGAGCGCCCAACAACUGAGCUGAAGGCUGAGGCGAGGAGGAAGAGGGAGCUGCAGAGAGACGCCAGCCACGGCCUCCAUAUGCUAGUUGGGUGCGGCACAAGCAACUGUGCCUGAAAGAGAGCGAGCGACCUCCACCUCGCCACUGCUUCCCCACGCCGCGGUCCGACGACCCCCCACACAUGCCCCGGCGUCCGCCUCGUCCUUCUCCCUGACUCGCUCGCCGCCUCUCCUCCCGCCCGCAAGCGAUCGACCGGACGACCGCGCGCCGCUCAUGCCGUGAGCUCGCCUCGCCGGCCGCUCGCUCUAUCGGAGUCUCGGUUUGGGGGCAAAAGUCGUCGCCUUUCCCGGUUCCCGCGGCGGGGGUUCUUGAUCGAGGCGGGCGGCAAUAAUGGCGGCGCUCCACUGGCGGGCCCGGCUGUUCUCCUUGGCGGUGGCCGUGGCCGCCGCGCUCGCGGCGCUGUUGGUGGCGGGGCCGGCCGCGGCGCUGUCGCCGGACGGCAAGGCGCUGCUGUCGCUGCUCCCCGGCGCGGCGCCGUCGCCCGUGCUGCCGUCGUGGGACCCCAGGGCGGCGACGCCGUGCUCGUGGCAGGGCGUCACGUGCUCGCCGCAGAGCCGGGUGGUGUCGCUCUCGCUGCCCAACACCUUCCUCAACCUGUCCGCGCUCCCGCCGCCGCUCGCCGCGCUCUCGUCGCUGCAGCUGCUCAACCUCUCCACCUGCAACAUCUCCGGGGCCAUCCCGCCGGCGUACGCGUCGCUCUCCGCGCUCCGCGUGCUGGACCUCUCCUCCAACGCGCUCACCGGCGACAUCCCCGGCGAGCUCGGCGCGCUCUCGGGGCUCCAGUUCCUGCUCCUCAACUCCAACCGCCUCACCGGCGGCAUCCCGCGCUCGCUCGCCAACCUCUCCGCGCUCCAGGUGCUCUGCGUCCAGGACAACCUCCUCAACGGCACCAUCCCGGCGUCGCUCGGCGCGCUCGCCGCGCUCCAGCAGUUCCGCGUCGGCGGCAACCCGGCGCUGUCGGGCCCCAUCCCGCCCUCGCUCGGCGCGCUCUCCAACCUCACCGUCUUCGGCGCCGCCGCCACCGCUCUGUCCGGCCCCAUCCCGGAGGAGCUCGGCAACCUCGUCAACCUCCAGACGCUGGCGUUGUACGACACCGGCGUGUCCGGCCCCAUCCCCGCCGCGCUCGGCGGCUGCGUCGAGCUGCGCAACCUCUACCUCCACAUGAACAAGCUCACCGCCCCGAUCCCGCCGGAGCUCGGCCGGCUGCAGAAGCUCACCAGCCUUCUGCUCUGGGGGAACGCUCUCUCUGGGAAGAUCCCGAAGGAGCUCUCCGACUGCUCCGCGCUGGUGGUGCUCGACCUGUCGGGCAACAGGCUCACCGGCGAGGUGCCCGCGGAGCUCGGGCGGCUCGCCGCGCUCGAGCAGCUGCACCUGUCGGACAACCAGCUAACGGGGCGCAUUCCGCCGGAGCUCAGCAACCUGAGCAGCCUCACCGCGCUGCAGCUCGACAAGAACGGCUUCUCGGGCGCCAUCCCGCCGCAGCUCGGGGAGCUCAAGGCGCUGCAGGUGCUCUUCCUCUGGGGCAACGCUCUGUCCGGCACGAUCCCGCCAGCGCUGGGCAACUGCACCGAGUUGUACGCGCUGGACCUGUCCAAGAACCGGCUCACCGGCGGCAUCCCCGACGAGGUGUUCGCGCUGCAGAAGCUCAGCAAGCUGCUGCUGCUCGGCAACGAGCUCUCCGGCCCGCUCCCGCCGAGCGUCGCCGACUGCGUGUCAUUGGUGCGCCUCCGGCUCGGCGAGAACCAGCUCGUCGGCGACAUACCUAGGGAGAUCGGCAAGCUGCAGAACCUGGUGUUCCUGGACCUGUACUCGAACAGGUUCACGGGAGCGCUGCCGGCGGAGCUCGCCAACAUCACGGUGCUGGAGCUCCUCGACGUGCACAACAAUAGCUUCACCGGCGGCAUCCCGCCGCAGUUCGGGGCGCUCAUGAACCUGGAGCAGCUCGACCUGAGCAUGAACAAACUCACCGGCGAGAUACCGGCGAGCUUCGGCAACUUCAGCUACCUCAACAAGCUCAUCCUGAGCGGCAACAAUCUGUCCGGGCCAUUGCCCAAGUCGAUCCGGAACCUGCAGAAGCUGACCAUGCUGGACCUCAGCAACAACAGCUUCUCUGGCCCGAUACCGCCGGAGAUCGGCGAGCUGUCGAGCCUGGGAAUCAGCUUGGACCUCAGCUCGAACAGGUUUGUCGGCGAGCUGCCGGAAGAGAUGUCCGGCUUGACGCAGCUCCAGUCCCUCAACCUCGCAAGCAACGGCCUCUACGGAAGCAUCUCGGUCCUGGGCGCGCUCACCAGCCUGACAUCCCUCAACAUCUCCUACAACAACUUCUCCGGCGCGAUCCCGGUGACGCCGUUCUUCAAGACACUAUCGUCCAACUCCUACAUUGGCAGUGCCAACCUCUGUGAGUCUUAUGAUGGCCACACCUGCGCGUCGGACAUGGUUCGCAGGUCGGCCCUGAAGACGAUCAGGACAGUGAUCCUCGUCUGCGCCGUUCUUGGGUCAGUCACGCUGCUGCUUGUGGUGAUUUGGAUUCUGAUCAACAGAAACAGGAAGCUUGCAGGCGAGAAGUCGAUGAGCUUGUCGGGUGCUGGCGGUGAUGAUUUCUCUAACCCCUGGACGUUUACGCCAUUCCAGAAGCUCAACUUCAGCAUCGACAACAUCUUGGCAUGCCUAAGAGACGAGAACGUGAUCGGCAAAGGUUGCUCUGGGGUGGUGUACAGAGCUGAAAUGCCCAAUGGGGAGAUCAUCGCGGUGAAGAAGCUCUGGAAGGCCGGCAAGGAUGAGCCCAUCGAUGCCUUUGCAGCUGAGAUUCAGAUUCUGGGCCACAUUAGGCACCGGAACAUCGUGAAGCUGCUGGGGUACUGCUCCAACAGGUCCGUCAAGCUCCUGCUCUACAACUACAUCCCCAAUGGCAACCUGCUGCAGCUCCUGAAGGAGAACAGGAGCCUGGAUUGGGACACCCGGUACAAGAUCGCUGUCGGGACAGCGCAGGGGCUGGCCUACCUGCACCAUGACUGCGUCCCGGCGAUCCUCCACCGGGAUGUCAAGUGCAACAACAUACUGCUCGAUUCAAAGUAUGAGGCCUACUUGGCUGAUUUUGGACUGGCCAAGCUGAUGAACUCCCCCAAUUAUCAUCACGCCAUGUCGCGCAUUGCGGGUUCCUAUGGAUACAUUGCUCCAGAGUACGGGUACACGAGCAACAUCACGGAGAAGAGCGACGUGUACAGCUACGGCGUGGUGCUGCUGGAGAUCCUGAGCGGGCGGAGCGCGAUCGAGCUGGUGGUGGGCGAGACCAGCCUGCACAUCGUGGAGUGGGCCAAGAAGAAGAUGGGCAGCUACGAGCCGCCGGUGAACAUCCUGGACCCGAAGCUGCGGGGCAUGCCCGACCAGCUGGUGCAGGAGAUGCUGCAGACGCUGGGCGUGGCCAUCUUCUGCGUGAACGCAGCGCCCGCGGAGCGGCCGACGAUGAAGGAAGUGGUGGCGCUGCUCAAGGAGGUGAAGAGCCCGCCCGAGGAGUGGGCCAAGACGUCGCAGCAGCCGCUCAUCAAGCCAGGCAGCCAGCAAGGGUGACCGCCUGCCAAUGGCGAUGCCCGGCGGACAUUAUCGGAGGAGGUUCUCUUUUGGAUGGUUGCACAUCGUUGGAGAUGAAGAGCUAGCAUUGGUUGUAGCGAGGUUCAGUGAUACACAUGCAGAUUUGCAGGUAGAAGUGGAGACGAGAAACAGGGAGAAUGGAGUAGGUUUUUGAUAAUUCAGGUCUAGCUUAGCUUUGGUUAGGCGAUUCAUGUACAGUUCCAAAUGGUCUCGCAGCCCGGUUUGCGGUUACUUGGAAUGGGAAAAUUUCUGGGUUGUAAGAAGCUUUUGCAAUACACCACCUGUGUCUUCGUUUUUUUC